UUACAUUCAAUUCUUUUUACUCAUGAAAUUACGCUUUACUAAAUCUUUCCAUGAAAGCUACGAUUUGUAUCAUAUAAAAUAAAAUAUAAAAUUGUGAUGCACCAGUGGAGUUUGACUUACACUUCUCAACUUACAUUCCUUUUACAUUUUAUAUUAUAAACCUUACAUUACAAAGCUAAAAAACGGUUUCUUUUUUUAUUUUUAUGUAUCAUAUAAAUUAUGAUUAUAUUAAAAUCAUAAAAAAAAUGGGUAAUUGUAAUAUUAAUUUAAUGCGAAUUAACGUGAAAUGGCUUCCAUGCAUAUUCUACAAAUGUGAAGAACUUCGCGUUACAAACACGUUUAUUCAUAAUCAAUUGGCGAACAAAAACCAGCCGUUUUCCUUCAAAAUUAAUGCGAUAAAAAAAUCCGCUCGAUCUCUAGAUUAGCAAAUAGUUGAAUUCCAUUCAUCUAUAAAAUCGCAAGUAUUGCGUUCACGAUCAACGUCGGUAAAACGAAAUAUGACUGAAUAAACAGACAGAGUGUACGGGGCGAAGGGUUAUAUCGGGGAUCGAAGAGGCGGAGCAAAGGAGCGCAUGCGCAGUUAGAUAUUUUUGAUACUUAGACUGGAGUAUCCUAUACGAUCUAAGCGUAGACUUGGUCUGCAGUCUCUCGCUGAGUGUAUGGUCGAGUAACGAGUGACUGGUGUGCGUGUCCCCAGUCCUCUUUACUUCUCUCGCUUCUGUUAGCUCUCGCGUUGCCAGAGUCUAUCAGUCGCGUUCGUAUGAGAAAUGGAGCUCGAGCAGCAGACAACGCAGUCGAAUUCCGACUCAGAAAGAAAAUCUAAAGAGAACAGUAAUGUGACUGGGAAUCAUAGCGAUACUCAUAUAAAUGGCAUGUCAAAUGGAUUUGACAAAAAAAGGGAACAUAAAUCUGAACAUAGGGAUAAGGACAAAGACCGAUCUCAUAAAUCGGAUCACAAGGACAAAGAAAGAAGUAAAGAGAAAGAUAGAAAUCAUAAAAGUGAACAUAAGGAUAAAGAAAAAGAUAAACAUAAACAUAGUUCAAGUUCCGUAAAAGAAAAGGAUAAGCAUGAUGGUAGCAGCAAUAAAGACAAGGAUAAAGAUAGAAAAAGUAGUUCAUCGUCCAGUAAAGAUAAAGAGCAUAAAAGUAGCAGUUCCUCGAGCAAGGAUAAAGAAAAAGAUAAAAGUAAAGAUAAAGAGCAUCAUCACAAAUCUAGUUCUAGUUCCAGUUCUAAAGAUAAAGACAGGCAUCAUAGUAGUUCCAAAGAUAAAGAAAGUAAGGAGAAGGACAAAGACAGGGACAAGAGCAAAGAUAAAGAUAAGUACAAGCACAGUUUGAGUUCCAGUUCUAGAGAAAAAGAUAAGGAUCGAGAAAAGGAUAAGAGUGUAUCUAAGGAUAAAGAAAAAGAAAAGAAACAUUCUUUGGAAAAAGAUAAAGAAAGACAUUCCACCUCUCAUGCAAAUGACAAGGAAAAGCAUCGCUCCUCUGAAAAAGACAAAGACAAGCACAGUUUGUCAAAUAAGGAUAAACAUCGUCAUGAUAAAGAUAAGGACCGCCAUCGCCAUGACAAAGAAAAAUCAAAACAUAGGGAUGAGAAGGAUAAGAAGGAGAAGGAUAAAGAAGAUGUGAAAGUGAAAGAAGAAGUAAUGGAUAUUAAACCUAAUCAUAUUGACACUGAAGAAUUUCAUUACAACACUGAACAGGUUGAGAAACACGAAAUUAAAGAGGAACCUGUUUCGCAAAUUGAACCAGAAGAUGAUGAUGAUAGUGGUGGGGAACAACCACUAUACAUUAAAGAAGAAGAAGAUGAAGAGCCUACUAAUGAAGAAGAAGCAAGUAUGGAUUCAACUGAUGGGAAUGAUACAAGGCUUUCAGAUCUUCAUAAUACAACCAUCAAAACUGAAGACGAAUCAAAUGAAGAUAUGCCAUUGAGCUCACGAUCUAGUGCACCCUUAAACAUUAAAAGAAGAAUAGAUUCAGAAGACGAAGAAGAAGAUGAUGUUCCACUUUCAGUACGUAAAAAAUCUAAGAAAAAUGAGACAAAAAUAAAAAAAAAGAAACGGAAAUAUGAAGAAGACGAAGAUGAAGAAAUUGAACAAAAACCAAAGAAAAAAGGUGCAAGAACAUCAAGAGGAGAAAAUUCGAGUCCAAGAAAGAAGAAACAAGAAGAGGAUCAGGAAGUUUGGAAAUGGUGGGAGGAAGAAAAGAAAAAUGAUGGUACAAAAUGGACAUUUUUGGAACACAAAGGACCAGUAUUUGCACCUCCAUAUGAACCACUCCCUCCGGAUGUGAAGUUUUACUAUAAUGGAAAAGAAAUGAAACUGAGCGAAGAAGCAGAGGAAGUUGCCACUUUCUAUGCACGCAUGUUAGAUCAUGAUUAUACUACAAAGCCAGUAUUUAAUGCUAAUUUCUUCCAUGAUUGGCGAGAAGUAAUGACUGAAUCAGAGAGGGCUAAAAUAGAAGAUUUGAGUAAGUGCAAUUUUAAGGAAAUGCAUGCAUAUUUCCUUCAAAAGAGUGAAGAACGGAAACAAAUGACAAAAGAAGAAAAGCAAAAGAUAAAAGAAAAAAAUGAAGAAAUCCAAAAAGAAUAUGGUUUUUGUACUAUUGAUGGACAUAAAGAAAAAAUAGGUAAUUUUAAAAUUGAACCUCCUGGAUUAUUCAGAGGGCGUGGUGAACAUCCUAAAAUGGGCAAACUGAAAAAGAGGGUUAUGCCUGAAGAUAUUCUUAUUAACUGUUCCAAAGAUUCGAAUAUACCUAAGCCACCACCAGGUCAUAAAUGGAAAGAAAUUCGACAUGAUCCUAAUGUUACUUGGUUGGCAUCUUGGACAGAAAAUAUUCAAGGACAAGUGAAGUAUGUCAUGCUUAAUCCAUCGAGUAAACUUAAAGGAGAGAAAGAUUGGCAGAAAUAUGAAACUGCUAGAAAAUUAGCGCAGUCUAUAGAUAAAAUUCGUGCAGAAUAUAGAGAAGACUGGAAGAGUAAGGAAAUGCGUAUAAGGCAAAGAGCUGUUGCUUUGUACUUUAUAGAUAAAUUAGCUCUCAGAGCUGGUAAUGAAAAAGAUGAAGAUCAAGCAGACACUGUAGGUUGUUGUUCUUUACGAGUAGAACAUAUUACAUUGCAUGAACAGAAAGAUGGAAAAGAAUACGUAGUAGUAUUUGAUUUCUUAGGUAAGGAUUCCAUAAGAUAUUACAAUGAAGUGCCAGUAGAGAAGAGGGUAUUUAAAAAUCUACAGCUUUUUAUGGAGAACAAAUCACCAAAUGAUGAUCUAUUUGAUCGUCUCAAUACAACUGUUAUGAAUAAACACUUAAACGAAUUGAUGGAAGGUCUGACUGCUAAAGUGUUCAGGACAUAUAACGCUUCAUGGACGCUACAGCAACAAUUGGAUAAAUUAACAAAUCCUGACGAUACAGUAGCGGAAAAAAUUUUAUCGUAUAAUAGGGCAAAUCGAGCGGUUGCAAUUCUAUGUAACCAUCAACGUUCAGUGCCUAAAACUCAUGCAAAAUCUAUGGAAAAUCUUAAGACGAAAAUAGAUGCUAAGAAACAGGCUAUAGCUGAUGCAGAACUUGCAGUAAAGGACGCGAAACGUAAUGCAAAGCAUGGAUCUGUUAAAGAAAAAGAUAUAUAUGAAAAGAAGAAGAAACAAUUAGAUAAAUUAAAAGAGCAGUUGACAAAGUUGGAAGUGCAGGCAACAGACAAGGAAGAAAACAAGGAAAUUGCUUUAGGCACUUCCAAACUGAAUUAUCUUGAUCCUAGGAUUAGCGUUGCAUGGUGUAAGAAGCAUAAUGUCCCUAUUGAGAAAAUUUACAAUAAAACUCAAAGGGAUAAAUUCAGAUGGGCAAUAGACAUGGCAGGAGCUGAUUAUGUCUUUUAACCCCAUAGAAGGUUGACUGUUCUGCAAACAAAAACAAACUCCCACUGAUUGUAUUUAGUAAAUUUUUCGUUUUAAUGAUCAGAAAAAAAGUAAUGGUAUAAUUUUCUAUAUUUACAAAAACAAAUAAAUGUGAGAGUGCGAGGACAUAUUUUAUAUAGACCACUACGUUAAAUUUCGGUAAUGACUUUAUAUUUAAUGUGUAAUCAAUUAAUAUUUAUAGUCUCGGGCUGAUCGCUUAGCAAUCAUUGCGUGAAAAUUUUAGCGGUCAUAUUUGCAUAUAGACGUUUAAUUGAUCUUAUAAAUAUUAGGAAUGAAAAUUGCAUAGUUCGAUGAAAAUUUUAAUUCUCUAGGUAGAAAUUUAUAAUUAUGAAUCAUGAGAAUGAAGCGAGAUUUGUUCAAGUGACCUAAAUUUAGAGGACAUAGCUCAGUUAUUUCAUUAGAACAAAAAUUUUACAACCUCUAAAUAAAAAAGGUCACGAAAAAAAACUUAAGCUGUUGCAUUGUAAAUAGAAUUAUACACGAGAACAUUGCCAGCUAAUUAGUAAAUUGAUCAUCAAUAAGCAGCGACUUUUAUAUUCCUUUAAUUUGACAUUUUCUUAUGAAUGUAUAUCAUUACUGAAAUGUCAUUCGUAUUGUGCAUUACGAUGUUCUGAAAUGUUAGUCUUGUGCUCUAAACGAAGUUUUUAGUAUCAACGUUAUCGAUUUAAAAUUGUGACUAGUGAACCUCGAUUGGAAUAUUGUCCCAAAAAAUGAUUAUUACAACAUAGUAAUGUAUUAAAAAACUAGAUCAUCGCUCAUAGCGAUUUAUGUUUUAUAAAACAAUGUUUAGAUUAUAAUAAAUGUGAACACAGUGUACCCUUAA